AUGAUUAAUAUGGUAAAAAUGGAUUUUUAAACUGGUUGGAAACAAAUAGAACCAUGUAUAUAAAAGCUUCAUAUUUUGUUAGAUAAGUAAUUUAAUGGUUAAGAACUUGAAAAAGAAGAUUAAAUAACUACUACCUAAUAUAGCAAUACUUAUACAAUCAUAUAUAAUAUGUGUCUUGAAAAAUAAUUAAAGAAUCCAGAAUAAUUGUAUGAAGCUUAUAAAGAUCAAAUAUAAUUUUUUGUUAUUAAUAAAGAUAAAUCGCAUAUCGAACAUAAUAAUUUACCAAAAUUAAGAUAUAUUGAAUGGAGUGAUACUAUGUCUUGUGAAGAAUAUUUAUGGAACACUAAUAAUUUAUUAGAAUAAGAAAAAAAUAGAUUCGCUUAAGCUUUACAUAGAUUUUCUAAUACUCAUGAAUAGAUUAGUAGUAUUUUUAAUGAUGAAAUGAUUAAAAAUUAUAAACCUAUUUUACUAUCUAAAGAUUCUGGAUUUUAAUAUAUGUUAAUAAAUGAAAAGACAAAAGUUUUGUAAUUAGUAUAUAAUUUAUAUAAAAAAUUAAAUGAUACUUUUGAGGAUAUACGAUAAGCUUUUAGUGAUUAUUGUGCUUAGAUUGGAUAAGAUUUAAUAAAUUAAAAAAUAGAUGCGCAUUUAAAAGAAGAAGAAUUAGAAAAAUAAUAAUAGUAAACAUAGUAAAAUAUUUAGAAAAAAUUAUUAUCAUAUGCAAUAGACUAUUAAUUUGUUGAAAAUAUAUUUAAAUAUUUCCAUGAUAUAAAUCAUAUUAUUAAUUCUAAUUUUUAUUAAGACCCUAUAUUUAAGGUUUCAUUCAAAAAUGCAUUAGAUAGAUUUUUAAACGUUUAAAUAGAUGACUAUGGAGUACCUGAAUUAUUAGCAAAUUAUACAGAUAAAACUCUAAGAAAAGGAGCAAAAGAAAAUGAAGAUGAAAUGGAGAAAAAAAUCGAUAAAAUAAUAGAAGUAUUUAAUGAUUUAAAUGAAAAAGACAUAUUUUUAAAUUUAUAUUAAUCUUAAUUAGCACAACGUCUUUUAAUGGAAGAAUCUGAAAGUAUAUAAUACGAAAAGGUAAUGAUAACAAAAAUAAAGGGAUGUUGUGGAUAAGGAACAGAAAUAAAGAAUUACGAAGGUAUGUUAAACGAUAUAAAUUUAGCUAAUGAAUAUAAGAACAAUAAACUUAAGUUUAGUUUACCUAGUCCUAGUAGUCAGAAGAAAUUUAAAAGAGAAACUGUAAAUGAAAAUAGAGAUCAUGCUAUUGAAGCUGCUAUUGUUAGAAUAAUGAAAUCAAGAAAACAAUUAGAAUUUUCAGAAUUGGCUACUGAGGUGAAUAUUAUGAUGAAGAAAUUUAAACCUAAACUUAUUUAAAUUAAGAAGAAAAUCGAAUCAUUAAUUGAAAGGGAAUACAUAGAAAGAGAUUCGGAAAACAAAAAUAUUUUACAUUAUAAAUCUUGA